UUGAUGUAGAGGUUGUAUCACACCAUCAAUUUCCGGAAAUGGUAUUUCUAUGAUAAAUCGCUGAAAUUAUCGCGGUGGAGUCCAUGGAAGAGGAAGUGAAAAGGAAGUGGAAGCAAAAGAAGCCAGCUUCGUCGUCGAAUUCUUCUCUGAUAAACACUCUUGAUGAUGGUUGCCUUAUGCACAUCUUCAGUUUCUUAUCUCCUAUUCCAGAUCGGUAUAACACAGCCCUCGUUUGCCACAGAUGGCACUACUUGGCAUGUCACCCUCGAUUAUGGCUCCGAGUAGAUCGGGCUGUCAAAGACUUAUCAGAACCUGGAGUUUACCCUAGCAUUGAGAUGGCUGUCUCUGCAGCUAGACCUGGUGACACCAUUCUUAUCUCAGCAGGUGGCAAUCAUGUUGCCUCCAAUAUUCAAAUAAAUAAACCACUUUGCCUGAUUGGUGGAGGAGAGCUUCCUGAUCAAACAACACUCUUGUGUUCUCGAGGUUCAGACAGUGCAUUGGAGUUCUUGUCGACUUGCAAAUUAGCAAAUCUAACAGUUAAGACGGAGCUUGGUUGCUGCUUGCUUCAUAGAAGUGGAAGACUAACCAUAGAUGGCUGCAUACUUCAAUGUGAGUCAAACCCUUUGGACUAUCUCUCGUGCCCGAUUGUGAGUACAGCUGGGGAGAAUGAAAUUUUCUCUUCCUCUGUCAAGACUGAUGGUGAUGGUGUGCAUGUUUCUCAAACUCGGAUAGAAGGAGGUGCUAAGGCUGUCCUUACGAAAGGGGACCUUGCCUUGCAUCGAGUUCGAGUAAUCUAUUCUCGAGCUUAUGUUUAUUUCUGGUUUGAUGUAGAACAUAAAUGAUAUUUGUCAUUAUGAGCUAGAUUGUAACAUAAUAAAACUAGCUUGCUUUUUUUUUUUUUAAUUUUUUUUUAUUUCUCAAUUCCCAUUGUUGUAUUUAUUUUUCAAGUUAAAGUGAUUUAAUUGGUAUGAUGUUCAGGAUUUCUUUGCA